GCGCUCCGGUGCGGGGGAACUUGGUUACGCCGAGACCGUGUCUGUCGUUUUUCGCCGCCGCUGCACAGACUCCGCCGCCCCGAACGCCAUGCAGCCCCGUUGUCCCGCCGGCCUGUGUGUCGCCCUCCUGCUGCUGCUGGCGGCUGCUGUCGCUGCCGAGUCGGUGAGAGAAACGGAGACGAUGGACCCGCACCCUUAUCUAGAGGAAUUUUCAUCGGGUGACUUGCCAGAUGAUGAAGACUCUUGGCCUGACUUCAUAAUUGACGAAGGAGGCGAUGAAUUAUCGGGUUCAGGAGAUGAGGAAGAUACAGAGGAUGCCUUGCCUUCAGUCCCUGCCCAUCCUGAUGACUCUAUGGACAAUUAUAUCCCUGAUAUGAAGGAAGAGAGCAAGGAUAAUGGUGAACCAUCUGUAGUGGAAAAUGAAAUAAUUCCCAACAAAGCUGUAAACUCUGAAGGAGACGUUUCCAACAAGAUAUCGAUGGCCAGCACAGCCACCGGCAGCGUCUUCGAGAGAACUGAAGUUCUUGCAGCUCUUAUUGCAGGUGGGGCAGUCGGGUUAUUGUUUGCUGUCUUCCUGGUCCUUCUCCUGGUCUAUCGCAUGAAGAAAAAGGAUGAGGGCAGUUACGACCUUGGCAAGAAGCCAAUCUACAAGAAAGCGCCCACAAAUGAAUUCUACGCCUAAGGCUUGCCAAUGCCACAUGCCCACUUGGGAGACAGAGACAGACUUUGUAAAAAGCUUUUGGACCACAGACAAGAAGCUCUGAACAAAUGCCUCUCCUUGGAUGUAAUGUCAAAGUGAUUUUUUUAAAAAAAAAUCUCUCUUUUGUGGCCCUUCCCAUCCCACUAACUAAUGAGGAAGCAAAGCAAAAAGGCAGUAUAUAAAAAGAGAACCGCAUGAAGGGUCGGUGGUACAUAUGUGUUCUUAAAAUGCAAAGCAAAUUGGCCAGAUAGUUAUAUUUGGUUGGCUGGAGCCAGCUGGAAGUAGGAAACAGAUAGCACGAAACUGAUUGCAUCUGGUUGCUGUGAUCCAACUUGCCUUGCUUUGUAAAAGUUAUAAAUUCAGUUUGACUGUUUUUUUUUUUUUAAGGCGGUCUUGCAGCGGGCUGGUUGUGCAAGGCAUUUUUUGUAAAGAAUUUAUUUGUGCAAUCUCCUACACUACAGUGUAACUUUGUCCUGGUAGAGAGCCGAGUUGAACAUCUCUCUACAUAGCAUCAGGGUUUAAUUGGAAGGGAUGGCUGUGCGGGAGGAAGCAGACCCUUCUUUGAUUGGGAGCCGGGCCCAGGAGGAGCCCGCUAAAGCAGAACAUUCUUUGGCUGGCUGGGAAGGGGAGGCAAAUUGUAACCCACUCUCUAGCUGAAGAACUUUUUUAAAUGGAGGGUUUCAUUAAGAAUAAUAGCUUGCCUAUACAAGGUUGUAGAAAACAUUCUUAAACAAAAUAUUCUUUUUUUGUAAUUUUCAUAAAACCUUGAUUUUUGAUCCCUUAUUUCUUCUCGCUGGAGAUAUCUCUAGAUAAAUAGUGUAUUUUAUAUUGCUCAUUGCCAGAACUCGAGUAGCAACUGCAGUUUGUUACAGGUUUCUAAGCUCCAAUCACUGGUUACCCUAGGCAGUUGCGAAGAAAAUAUUUAUAUUUUUUUCCAGAAUAAAAGCAAAGAUGUGUGUGUUAAUUUUUUAUAGAACUAUUUAUAGUUUCUAAGAUGGCUGCUCUGUUUUUUGGUACCUUCUUUUUUUUAAUAUGUAAAACACUAAUAUAAUGAGACUCCUAAUGAUUGUGAAAACUAUUUAAGCUUUAUUCUGUGUAUUAUACUCCGAAGGCAAUAACCUCUGCUAGAAUUAAUGUUUAUAUGCAAAAUCAGAUUUUCUCUGAACACGACUAAAAUAAUUGGGGGGUUCAUUUUUUAGCUUUGUAAUAUAUUAUCAGUGCUAUAGAAUUAUAUUUUUUCAGUAAAAAGUACACAAUUUUUAUAAAAGUAAAUAUCAGAAUGGGUUUUGUGCAUGGGUAAUGGAUAUUCUGUCUCUGAUCUCUGGACUUUUUUUCUAAUGUCUUCCUGUUCAUUAUGUAGUCAUCACAGUAUAUAUGUUAAUUAAUGCUAAUUAAUGGCAGCUGAGCAAUUCCACUAGAUUGGGUUUAAGGAUGAGGUCUAGUCCUUGUACCUGUGCUUGCUUCAUGGGCAGGAUUAAUUCCCUUGUUUGGAGCUUGGGUACAGCUGGGCCAUGUGCCAUGGUUAUUAUUUUCCACGUAUCUGAGCCAGCUCAAGAGGCGAUGACAAGAAAACAAACUUGGAAGCACCUGCAAUGAAAUGUUACGGUACUCUGAGCAUUAACUUAAAAAAAGAAUCGAUACUGUAUUUAUGCUUCUUGCUUACUUUUUAGAAUUAGUUGAGACAUUGGCUUUCAUAGUUCAAAAUGGCAUGUUGUACAGAAAGGCUCUGGGAACAAGUAGGGUUCUCUUUUUUUAAAAAAAAAAAACCCACCCUGCUGAUGGUGCUUGUGCACAUUGGAGGGAAUCAUGAUUCCUCAUUGGCUAUGGCUGGUGCAUGUUCACAUUGCCUCCAUAGUUUCAAUUUACUUGCCCGUGUCAGAACGGUAUGGAAGCCUUUGGACGGCAUGCUUGUAUUAUGCAGGGGUCAGCUUACUGUUGCUACAUCAGAGAAGAUUUAAUGUCCUGGGCUGGGAUGUAGGGAAUGCAGCUUGGUGCUUCAGUUGUGACCUUUACAUUGCAUCAUGGCAACUGCUGUGUCAGUGCAGUGAUUCACAGGAUCAUAUGGGGUGUGUGUGUGUGUGUGAUGCAGUUACAGUUGAGUAUCCUAGGAAAUAUUAGUCACUUCCGAACUUCCCUUUGAGGGUCCAACUUGACACUGCUGAAUCCUCUCAUGUUCCCCCCCAACUUUUUUUUUUAAAUAGGGCAUGACCAUACAACAGGAGGUGUGAACUCUGAGUUAAACAAACCAAGCCUUGCAUUGCACGAGAAACUUUAACCACACAGAUCCUGACCUAGUCUUGAAUUUCUCUUAUGGCACCCUCCCUUGAGAUGAAGCUUUUUAAAAGUUGACAUUGUAUAGCUUCGUUGCCCUUGUGUUUUUACUUAAAGGAGUCUAUAAAAGCUCUUUACCAAUAUUACCCUAGAAGCAUGCUCAUUUUAGUCUCAGUAAAGUUGUACCAUGACUCGAUCUGCUUUUUGUAAGCCUGCUAGGAAAAAUGGGGUGAGGAGUGAAAAUUGUGUGAAGGACCCUACUUUGGCAUAAGCACAGAUUUUUAAAGCUUAGCUUCUGGAACAGUCCAGUGGUUUGGUGGAGGAAUAAUAUAUUGAACACUUGGAAAACAGGAAUCCUAUAUCUGCCUCCGGUUGCUCGGAUGAAAUUUCCUGUAUAUUUGCUCUUUGUUUUCACAGUCACUGAUUUGAUAAAAUAAACUGGUACUUUCUAAAA